AUGUUUUUAAAAAUUUUUAUUUUUCUUUUAAUUAUAAACAAAAUUAUUGCUGAAGAUUCUAAUAGCGGAGAUAGUGGCAUUGAAAAUUCUGAUAUCAAUAUGAGUGAUGAGAUUGCCGACUCUGUUGAUGUUCGAGAGCAUGAUAAUGAGCUACAACCUUCAAAUUUAAUCGACAAUCAAAAUCUUCAAGACCCACAAUUUAUUAAAGAAGAUGAUACAAAUUCAUUGCCUUUGUUAAAUAACGACGAGAAUAAUCGUAUUGAUGAAUACACAACAGAAAAAAUUAAAGAAGAUGAGGAAGACCAACUAAAUAAUGAAGGAUCUGGUGUAGACAAUAAAUUUCCUGAGGAAGAUAAUGAUGUAAAUGGAUUGGAUAUUAAUACAACUGCAAAAUAUGUUAAUGAUGUAGAUGAUAAUGAUAACAAUGAAAGUGAUGGUCAAAGAUGCGUGUAUGAGGAUGGUGUAAUUAACGAUAAUGGUAACGAACGUACACCUACAUCUGAAGAACAACACCAAAUUGAAGAAUACCUUCAAAAAAUGAGUGAAUUUGAAAAGCAAAUGGUUAAAAACAGUGCCAAUUUUAUGAGAAAUUUGGCACAAUUUGUGAUGAGUCAAUUCGAAAACAUUUUUGGGUAA